GUAAUUACUGUCCCAUCAUUGGUGGUGUAAUUGCUCAUGGUGUAGUUGCUUGUGAUGUAGUUGCCCCUGGUAUAGUUGCUCGUGGUGUAAUUGCCCUUGGCGUAGUUGUUCGUGAUGAAGUUGUUCCUGAUGUAAUUAUUUCUG